AUGGAUCCUGCUCCUGGUCCUGGUCCCGAGGCUGAGCCCAACCACACCAGUGACGCCUUGCCCCGAGAUGCCUCGAGUCGCGAUGCCACCAGCCGCCGCAAGGAGCCUCCACCUGAGAAGCCCUCAGACAUUCGAAGGCGGUCCCAGGUGAUCUUCUCCUUCUGGCUCAUCGUGUUAUGUGUCGGCCUGCCUAUAUGGUGGAAUACUACCGCAAUUUCAAGGGCGAACUUGCCACUAGAUGACAUGAUGGACUGGGCGGAUGGUAAGGCCUGUCGCCCAGUCUUCCCUCUGCGCAUCUCCAUCCAGGCCAAUCAGCUGCAGGAGCAAGAGGCCCAGAACCUCCUGCGCCUGACGCAGCACGCCCUCGACGACCUGAACGACUUUCCUGGUCACCAUCUUCGGCUGCAGCUGGAUCCUCGCGCCAGCACCGUAAAUGGCACUGCCAGCCCUGACGAGGUCGCUCUCGUCAUAAGGCUCCAGCCAGGAGAGUCGACGACAGCCUCGCUCCACCCAUACGAGUCCAUCCUUGACAUCACCUACACCCCGAACUCGAUCCCCUCGCCGAGUUCCUCUUCCUCCUCCCUGGCGACGUAUGUCGCGAGCGAGCUGCGAUCCACCUUUGCCGAAGAGCAGGCCGUCAUAUCCUACCUGCUCUCUACGUCUUCGGCCAAGCCAGAACACCGGCUGCAGGGCCUGGCGCCAGACACUGCCGACACCAUCGCGAAGCGGCCGACACGUUCUCUCAAAUAUGCCCCGACCUAUCACCUCACCUUCUCGCUCUUCACCGAUGGGCCUACACCGAGCAGUUGGGAUAUCGAAAAGGCCAUCGACGAAUACAUGCAGCCGGUGCUGGACGUCCUAAGACCCAUCCACAACUUCACCAUCGAUACCCAGGUCCAGCUGUACGCGACUCCUGGCGUCCAGUCCCAAGCGUUGAGCAAGGACGACCUAUCCUCUUUCAUCAAUGCCGCCGAGUGGCCUCUGUCACCGUCCAUUGGCGGCGCGCCUACUGUCAACUUUAUCGUCUUCGUGGGCAGGCAGACCAUCCAGCUGUCGCCUACUCUGAACGAUGUGCAGGCCAGCGAGGCAGCGGUCUCGGAGACCUCACACUCCUGGCUGAUCCCCCAGUGGGGAACCGUGUAUCUUCUCAACCUUGCAGGCGGUGACGACAAAGCAGCGCAUGUGCAGUACGAAGAUCUCAAGCAGCCCCUGCUCACCUUCACCACGCACCUGCUUUCGCUGCUUGGCACACCCACCUCGGGCUCGCUGCCACUCCGCCUCUCCACCCUCUCCCGGGUCCGCUCUGCCGACCUGCUGCUCCGUGCGUCGAGUACACUUGGCUCACUGGCUCGCCUCUCUCGGGCCCUCCCGUCCAUCCCCAUCCCCCAGUCCGUCGCUGACGGCGUGAGCACCUCGAUCCGCCACCUUCGCCUGGCGUGCGAAUCACUGGGCACACCAGACGGGCUCAUUCACGCCCAGAUUGCAGAGGCGGCCGCCGAGCGGGCCUUCUUUGAGAAGAGUAUGGUCGGGCAGCUGUACUUCCCUGAUGAGCACAAGAUCGCAGUAUACCUGCCUCUCCUGGGGCCUGUUGGAGUGCCGCUAGUCAUGGGGCUACUGAACGAGUUCGCGGCAUGGCGCGCUAGGAAAAGGAAGAAGGCUGAAGUUGGGAAGGUGAAGAAGGCUACAUAA